CCCUAUUGUAAGGUUUUGUCUUAGAACUUUACUUUUCUAGUUUAAUACAUGGUUUUCAAAAAUAAAGUCGUGGUUUAAUUUUAUCAUUAUAUUGUUUUCAAUUAUUAUUAUCUAGUUAUUUCUAAAUAAUAAUUUCAAAAAAUGCCCGUAGCAGACGACGUUAAAUGUAGUUGGGCAGAUGAAGUCGAAUUAGAAGGAGGCGCCUUACCUCCUCCAACUGAAGUAUACGAAAAUGGAUUUAAAAUUCUUACCGAGUGGAAACAUAACGACGAUGGUAAAAAAGUGAAAAUAGUGCGUACUUAUAAAGUUGAAAAGCGUAUUGUAUCCAAAUCGAUUGCAUUACGGAAGACUUUAGCAAAAUUCGGUGAAUCAGCAAAAGAUAAACCGGGCCCAAAUCCACAAACAACAAUUGUGGCUGAAGAUGUUUAUAUGCAAUUCAUUAGCAGCAAAGAAGAGGAUAACAAAGUCGAGGAAGAGAGUGCGUUAGAUAAAUUAAAAGGUUUAGGUGAUAAAGGUGCUGUUAAGUGUCGUACAUGUAAUGGUGAUCACUGGACUACAAAGUGUCCGUAUAAGGACACUCAGUAUGUAGGUGGAAAACUUCCUGAUGAUAAGAAAGCAGCUGCAGCACCUAAUGCUACUAGUUUACAAGAUCCAAGUAAACCAGCUGGAAGUAAAUAUGUACCACCUAGUAUGCGUGAUGGUGCAAGAAAAGGUGGAGAUAAUCCUAAUACACAACGACGUGAAGACAUGACUGCAAUUCGUAUUACUAAUUUAAGUGAAUCAACAACCGAUGCUGACAUCGAAGAUCUUGUUAAACCAUUUGGACCUAUACACCGUAUAUUCUUAGCUAAAGAUAAAGCUACAGACAUUUGUAAAGGCUUUGCUUAUGUUCAUUUCAAGUUUAGAAAAGAUGCUGCUGAUGCAAUCAAUACUUUACACGGGCAUGGUUAUGACCAUUUAAUUUUAUCUGUCGAUUGGUCUGUGAAACAACAGCAAUAACUAUUUUUCCAAUAAUUUUAUUACAUUUUUUAAU